GGGUGGAGGGAACAGGCUGCUCUGAGGGGGUCAAAGGGCAAGGUCAGGUUGGGAGGGCUAGGCUUUGGGGAGGGGUCCAACAUCAGCAGGGGCCAAGCCAGUCCCCUGUGUGCAAAUCAGGAUGGCUGGAAAGAUAUGGAGAGUGACAGAAAGAGAUGGAGAGAGAGGCAGGGAGAGACAAAGAUCUCUGUGACUACUCUCUUAACCCAGGAAAAACCACCUGCUUUGGUGAAAAGGUGAGGGACCUGCUCUGGGCUCAAGAGAGAUGGGGGUUUCAGCUUGCGCUCUCCCCUGCCUGGGUACAAAUCUGCCCCUUUAUUCUCGGCCCUCCAGCACCUGUGCAGCCCAAGGAGACCAUGCUGAGGCUGGCGCAGAGCUGGCCACCACCACCAGUCACAGGGCCCAGCCUCCUGUGCCCUUGGGCAGGUGUAAGGUCCCCUCCCUGAGGUGGUCUCCUUGUAUAGUAAGAGGGACAACAAGAUUCUGAAUGUCCCUGGCCUCCAGUGGCUGGAUUACCCCCAUCCAUGGAAUUAUUAGUUCUCAGUUUACUGAUUUCAACUCUUUAAAAUCAUUUUAAAAAACACUCUGCCAGCGCACCCCUUAGAGGGGUACAUCCAAGCCCUGGCCCAAGGAGAAAGAGACCCCCCAUUGUUUUGUACUGGUUCCAGCGUUGUGGCUGGAUUGGUCUUUGUGGUUUUCAUUGCCAUUGCAAGAUCCCCUUCAACAGCCAUCAGGAAACUUUGGAAGAAUUAAGGUUUAUUUCUUAUAGGACCUGGAAAUUUACACGGAACAGCUGGGGCCACACAGCAAAGUUGCCGGGUAGAGAGCACCCCCACCCACCUGGCCUGCUUUUAUCUGCGUCCAGAGUAGGGGCAUGGGGUUUCCCUGGCUCACUCGUUUUUGGUGACUUUAAAACACAAAGAGUGGGAAUUUAAAGCCAUGGCCAAAUGGUCAGUUACGGACAUCGACCAAGAUCUCUAAAACAAGGGAGCCUCAGGAAGCGGAGUGUGCCUAGCUCUUUAGCCCUACCCUGGGGUACGGAUUGCCGCCUUUGAAGCGCAUGCCUCUCAUUUCAAAGCUAAAGGCAAGUCCUUGCACGACAAAAAAGAGAAAACCCAACUGUCAGGGCUUACGUUACACUUGCCCUGACCCCGCCCUUGACCUUCUCUUGGAGCCGCCCUGAGGAAUGCUCUGUCCCGCUUCCAAGGUCCCCAGCUGGGGCGGGUUGGACACCUAUAAGUGGGGGUCUCCGCUGGGGCCAGGCGCCUUCCGCCGCCAUGGACCCCCGCCCUCUCACCUGGGCACUGGUGCUGCUGGGUCCGGCCCUGGCGCCCGCGAUUCGCCCCGUUAUCGGCACCGCGGCCGCCCCGGAAGCUCCGGAGAAGCUGUGCGGCCACCACUUCGUGCGCGCGCUAGUGAGGGUGUGCGGAGGCCCGCGCUGGUCCCCUCAGAAGGGCCGGCCGGCUGCUGGCGGCGACCGUGAGCUGUUGCUGUGGCUGGAAGACCGACAUCUCCUUCACAGGCUGGCAGCUGAUGGGGAUCCUGAGCUGGUACUUGCCCCACAACCCCUACCCAAGGCCUCUGGCCAUCGCCCCCACCGGCGGGCUGCUGUCACCACCCCUGCCCACCACUGUUGCCUCAGUGGGUGCACCCGGCAGGACCUGCUGGUGCUCUGUCCCCACUGAACCCUCCUGGGGCAUGGCUUCAUGGGAGCCUGAGGCCAGAAAGGUCUGGUCUGGUGAGCAGCCGAAGCCACACAGCACUGUAAAGCCCCACAUCUGUGGGGACAUUGUCGGUUACUUUCUGGGAUGGGGUUCUCACCA